GAAAGCUAUAAAUCAUAUGUGUGACUUCUGUGAGAAAUGGAAACUAAAAAUUAAUAGCGAUAAAACUAAAGUUACAGUUUUUGGUUUUAGGAGAGCGGAUACUAGUACACUACAGUUUGUGUGCAACGGUCAAAGUCUAGAGACUGUACAUUGUUUCAGAUAUCUUGGUGUCAUCAUGAAUUAUAAUGGCUCAUUUAAAAUUGCUAUUGAGGAACUGCAUAAGCAAGCAUUGCGUGCAAUGUUUGCUUUACUCAACAAAUGCAGAAAGCUUCAGCUUUCUGUAGAUGUCACUCUGGACCUUUUUGACAAGUUGGUUACUCCACUCUGUGUUACAGUUAAAAAAAGAAUAAUUGGAUAUUGGGGGAGACUGUUAGAAAGUAAAGAAAGUAAACUUAGUAAAAUCAUGUACAAUCAGCUACACAGCUUACAUAGCAGCGGUGCAUAUGCUUCACCCUGGGUAUCACAGGUGAAACAGAUACUGGAUGACUGCGGGUUGUCAUACAUCUGGAUAAAACAACAGUACAACAACAUUAACUGGCUGAAAAAAAUUGUUGAGCAGAGGUUAAAAGAUCCAUUCAUCCAGAGGUGGCAGAGCGAGCUUACAAGCAUGACUUCCUGUGACACGUACAUAGAAUUUAAACAAGAGUUUAAAUUAGAAAAAUACCUGAUGUAUGAAAAACAAAAGUCCAGACAGGCUAUCUGCAAUUAUAGAACGAAUAACACCAGAAUACCUAAAGUCACUGGAAGAUACAAAGGGCUGGAAAGAAGCGAAAGAAUGUGCAACAUCUGCGAUUCCAAUUGUGUUGGCGACGAAUAUCAUGUGCUUUUUGAGUGUAAAAAUGUAAACGUAAUGUAUUAUAGAAAGAAACACCUGCCAAAAUAUUAUGUCUAUUCUCCAUCUAAGAUCAAACUGAUUUUGCUUUUGAGGUCAAAUAACCCAGGGGUUAUUGCUAAAACAGGUGCCUUUCUGAAACAAUUUCCUGCCAUUGUUUAAGUAAUGUUUUCUUUUUUUUUUUUUUUUUUUUUCUUGCCGUGCACCAUUGUUUUGGUCUGUAAUGAUUUAAGUUGAAUCUCCGUAUGGGGUCUCCAUGGCGAUCUUUUCCACCAUCGGAGUGAGGGCACGGCAGUGGAUUAAGAAAGAGCCCCCAUAAGGCACCACAACUCUGGGCGGCUCAAUCUCCAGUGGACAGGAGGAGGCAUGUAGACCUGAGAGGAGGUUAGAGUUGGGGAUACAAUGGCAUUUAUUAACUGCCUUUGCUUGAUACUGGUUUUCCAUGUGCUGCAGCUGCAGGCAAAUGUGAAUAUGAAUGAAAGGGAAUUGCAGGGUGAAAAGAUUGUGGAAUCCUGUUUUGAACAGUGGUUGAUUGGUAUGUCGUUUGGGACCAAGACUAUACCAAGAUACAGAAGAACCUCUGAGGGGAGAUCCCACAGUCUGGCCCGAGAACUUCAAACUUUAAUCCAUUCAGACUUUAGUUCCAUCUAAAGUCUGAUGGGAUUUAACAACCUCAUCAAGUCCCAUGAUGAGCUCAAGUCUGCGUGAACGGGACAUCAGAUUUGAGAUUAACCUAAAGUCUGAUUUGAGACAAAUUGCUAUGUUAAUUACAUGGGAGUUACCUAUGACUGAGCAGUUACAGCAUGCUGUGACAGUAGCUAGGCCAUUGCUUUAACACGAUUUCAUUCAAUUCGGCUCAGGUGUUUUGUUUGCUCCACUAUUGUAAGUCAAUUUAAACGGACUAAGGCUACGUUGGCAUAUAGUUAAUAUGUAAAGACAUAGUAACUGAUAAAUUGGACUACAGUUACUAAAUUAUUAUUUAGUACAUAUACUACAU